UAGUGAAAUUAUAGGUACUGACUUCUGAAGAGUACAGCGCAGUUUGGCGAAGAUGUGGAGGUUUCAGAAAUGCAAAGAUAAUUCGACAACCCGCUGGGACGGGACGACUGCAAAAUGUGUGCCUUGUACUGUAAAGCCAGGAUAUGAAAUUACCCCUCACUGUGGCUAUGGUGACGACGGAGGGAUUCACUAUCCCGGUUAUAAAAAGUGCGAAGACAAGAAGUUCAAUGACGGCAGCUGGACAACUUGUCAACCUUGUACCUCAUGUCCGCCUGGAUAUGACAUUUUAAGUCCCUGCAACACAACUACUGACACCCAGUGCUACGAACCAAGGAAACUGACGACUGAAGUUCCUGUCACACCGUCAACACCUCAGCACGUUUCAACUCUCUUCAGCAAGGCAACGACGGUGAGCCAUGUAAAAUCUGUCCAAUUACUUACGUCAUCUCAGACCCAGACAAACCAAGGACCCAGCUCAACACUUAAUGCAGCAACUACAUCAGCCACCCCCUGGGUGCAUCCACCAGUACAUCCUGGUACCGGUGCACACUGGGCAGUACCACUAACCAUCUUAAUUUCCAUUAUGCUCGCCUUGUUAUCUGCUUGCAUAAUCUACAAGAAGUGGAGAGGAGGUUUGCAUUUUGAAAGUCAACCGAGGAAUAACAAAAGAAGGUCAUUCAUCAAUGACGGAUUCUCUCCCCUUCCUGCUCCCACUUGCAACAAUGAUCUGGGGUACAUUCUCAGCCCUGACGUCCUAUCAGCACCUUUACAGACAGUGCUGGACAACCUGGAUAUUCUGGAGGAGUUGGUGAUCCUGUUGGAUCCGGACAGCCACGGUGUAAAGAGCACCAGACAUCUGGCAUCCCACUGUUCCUUCUCCUCCACCUGGAUCAAUUACACCUACUCUAUGAAGGACAGCAAGAGCCCUCUGAAAGCCGUGCUGGAGGGGGUCACCAGCAGGCACCCCGACUGGACUGUUGGGCACCUUGCCAAGCUACUCAGAGAAAUGGAGCGCAAUGAUGCUGUUGCUGUUCUGGCCAAGCUCAGACUCAAUGAGAUAGCUGUGUAGCAUUACUUUGCUAUCUGAUUGGCAACAGUCCCCCACCACAAGAUCUGGGCUACAAAUAUUUGCCAUUAACUGAUUAGCACUGCAGAUGUUUAUGAAAAAAAGAGCUCUUCAAAGGAACAGCAGAAAGAAGGCUUACUGAACUGGUCUGCACUGAUGCAAAUGGAGACUGUUCAUUAGAUGAGUAGGGAGAGAAAAUAUUCUAAUUUUUAUGGUUAUGAAGACCACAUGCAGAAUGUCACAACAGCCGUAUGUCUGCUGUGGCUUUGGAAGUUUUAAGAUGAACAAAGAGCAUGUGAUUGUGAAUUGCAGCCAUUGCAUCAUUCCCAUUUUGCAUUUCUUUAUAAUCACAUACUGCAGUAAAUAUAUACUUAAUCAGCAGAUGUUAAUAUUAAAAUAGCUGUAACAUUCCA